GCUGCGACCCCUGGGCCGCAGGCCACCCGAGCCCGCCUGGCCCGAGCCGCGGGCCCACAGCUUGCCCGCCGCAGCCGCCAGCAGCACCGCAACCUGCGGGAGCAGUUCCUGGCAGCCUCCGAGCUGGGGGCGCCGGGAGUUGCCGCGCGCGUGCCGGGCGCCGCUGCGACGAGGUUCUUCGACGAACUGCACCUGGCGGGGAAGGUCGCCGCGACGGGCGAAAAGCUGAUCGCCGCCAUCGCCAUGCGCGCGCCCGGCUGCCAGAGCAAGGGCCGUCUGGCGCUUCCUCGAGCCUGCAGUGGCAGGGUGGAAAUGCCCCUCCACGGCGUGCCGAUGGUCGAUGCCUACCUCGGGCCCGGCGAAGCCCACCGCUUGACAAAGGGCCAGGCGCUGCCGCCCGAGGGCGAGGAUGCCCAACGCGAGAUGGACGAGACCGUCGACAUCGCCCGACCUUGGCUGGCCUCGUUCAUCGCGAGGCAGAGCCAGGGCGCGCCGACCGACCCACUCUGGACGUUCACCAUGGCAGUGGCGAAGCGGACCUUCGACAGGGCAGCGGCCUCCCUCGGGCUCGAGGGCCUGCAGGCCGCGCUGCGCAUGGCGCGGCGCAGCGGGGCCUCGAUCGACAGGUUCACGGGGCGGAUCUCGCUACUGGAGGUCCAGCGCCGCGACGGGCGGAGGCAGCCCGCGUCCGCGCGCCGCUGCGAGAAGCGAG